GACCGUGCCCACUGUUGUUUCCAGGGCUGGUGUUUCCCACGGUCCCUGAAGACCGCGGCCGAGGAGCCACAAUCUGCACCACAAAGCAGAAGCCUCCUCUCCUAAGCGCUCCUCCAUGCCUCUCGCCUGUCACCAUGCAGCGAAGCGUUCACCCGGCCGGCCUCCCCUCUGAUCCGCGCCCCGCCGCUUCCUCUCAGGCCUGUUAGCACAUUCAAAAUGCAGACUUUGUCUCCGUCGUAGCCGCACUCCGUCGACCAGCUGAACCCGAGCGAGCCGUUGUUAGCUCCGGCUAAUCUCGGUGAAUUAUGGCGAUCGUGUCCGGCUCCUGCGCCCGGGUCAACGGCUCCAGGAGCGGGCCCUCCGUGUCGGCCGCCCCGUCCGGAUCCGCGGGCCAGGCCCAGCCCAUGAUAGCCGUGUGGGAAUGGCAGGACGACCUGGGCUACUGGCGGCCGUACAGCGGCCAGGUGAGCGCCCACAUCGAGCGGUGUCUGUCACCGCGGGGCCACCGGGGAGGAGCGGGGCCCGGCGCCACGAGCAUCUGCCUCGGACAAUCAGACCCCAGCCUGUCGCCGUACCUCAUCGACAUCCCGAGCCUCAAGCAGUUCCGGCAGGACACAGGGAAGACGCGCUCGGUGCGGCGCUCGCUCUUCGCCCAGUCGUCGGGCCUGGGCAGCGGCGUCUACUGGGAGUGGCAGAACGACGAGGGGCGCUGGACCCCGUACGAGACCCGGACCUCCAUCCUGCUGGAGCACAGCUACCAGGCCCGGCAGGGCACGGCGGACCUGGGCCCCCACGGCUACAACUACAUCGUGGACCUGACGUCCCUGGCCCAGGUCAACAAGGCCACGGGCUACCGGCGCCUGGUGCGGCGCCAGUGCAACCUCCCGUACCCGCUGGCGUCCGCCGGCCCCCCGGCCAUCCCCUCGGGCCCCUCGGGCCCCUCGGGCCCCGCCUGCUCCUGCCAGCAGUGCCUGAGCCACAGCAGCACGGGGCCCAUGCCCAGCCGGUCCCGCCACUCCUUCUCCUCGGGGAGCCUGACCCGGCCCGGCCUGCAGGGGGCGGUGCGGGCCGCCCACCCGGCCUCCGUGUACUCGCCGUACCCGAGGAGACCCCUGUCCGUGGGGGGGAUGUCCUGGGGAAGCCCCUGGCCCCCGCCGGCCCCCGGGGGCCAGCUCCCCGCCCCGCUGCUGACCGGCUCCUCCAGUGCCAACGGGCUGAGUGUUCCUUCCAUCUCCGUGCAGCUGAACGGAUCCACCAGCGUCGGCUCGGCCCUGGCAGGCAUGGCCUCCAUUUUGAUGUCAGCAGUGGGACUCGGCGUGCACUUCACCUCCGCCCCCCUCCCCCAGCAGCCGCCGCCGCCGCCUCAGCAGCAGCAGCAUCUUCAUCCUCCGCCUCCUCCGCCUCCUUUUGCUCCGCCCCCUCCUCUCCUGCCCAGCAAGCCCCCCAGCAGCAGCAGCAGCAGUUCAGUUAGGAGAGCAAAGAGGCAGCACAGGAGAGCCUCGGCUCAGAGACCAGAGGAGGUGAUCCAGCGCUACAUGGAGGUGGUCGCCGGCGUGUCGGAUGAGGACUGCAUCAUCUGCAUGGACCAGCUGUCCAACCCGUCCGGGUACGAGACGGCGGCGGGCGACGGCGGCCAGAGCGCGCUGCCGGACGCCGUGGGGAAGUUCGUCAAGUGCGGCCACACGCUGCACAUGCUCUGCAUGCUGGCCAUGUACAACAACGGGACCAAGGACGGCAGCCUGCAGUGUCCGUCCUGCAAGACAAUCUACGGCGAGAAGACGGGGACGCAGCCCAAAGGCAAGAUGGAGAUCUACAGCAUCGCCCAGUGCCUGCCGGGCCACCCCGACUGCGGAACCAUCCAGAUCAUCUACAGCAUCCCGCCCGGCGUCCAGGGUCCGGAGCAUCCGAACCCCGGCCAGCCGUUCACCUGCAGAGGUUUCCCUCGCUUCUGUUUCCUCCCGGAUAACGACAAAGGCAGAAAGGUCCUGGAGCUGCUGAAGGUGGCGUGGAUGCGGCGCCUGAUCUUCACGGUGGGGACGUCCAGCACCACGGGCGAGCCGGACACGGUGGUGUGGAACGGGAUCCACCACAAGACGGAGAUGAUGUCCAACCUGUCGGGCCACGGCUACCCCGACCCCAACUACCUGGACAACGUCCUGUCGGAGCUGGCUUCCCAGGGCGUGAGCGAGGACUGCCUCAGAGCGGCGGGCGGCAGCUAGGCCGCACGCACACACGCACGCACACACACUCAUAUACACACAUAUAAACACACACUCACACUCACACACACUCCUGAAUCUUGUAAAGAACGUUUAGCUCCUCGCCGGACCCAGCAGAGACCUGGACCGCCUUCCUUCUCCAUCCGGCUGGACGCCAGGCCGUCGCCUCGGUCCAGACCAGAAUCUGUUCAAGCACUUUAUCCGGCCGCCGCGUCGCCGGAGACCUGGGCGGUUUCUGCUUCUCCCCGUUUUCGGUUUGGCGCUCGGAAACGCCAUGUAGCAAAGCCGGUCCCGGUCCCAGAGGAAGUGUAAAUACAGCCGGCGCCGCAGACCCCGAACUCUUUCUAUUUAACCCUCGCUGCGGCCGUGGGGUUGCCGGUCGGACGCCCGAGGGGCGCUCGGCAGGCGCCUUUCUUCUGGAGUUCUGUCACUUUGUCAUUUGUGUUUGGGUGUGUGUGAGGAGGGACGAGGCCGCUCGGCGCGGAAACACUUCAACACUUUCAGUGACAAUCAAGCUCGCUCGCCCAGCGAGCGGCACCGCCCGCUGCUAGCAUCCAGCCGCCAACAGCUCCGGUCCUGACAUGUAAACUCAUACAGUGAAACGAGAAAAAAAAACUGCAAUAAAGAAAAGAAGCAAAACGAGUCCC